AGAUCACCUAUCCUGGAAGUUUAAAGAAGUGGAAAUAGGAGACUGAAAUACACUGAACCAAGAAGAUUCAAACCAGUGAUAUAAGAGGUGGAAUCUCUAAAGAAUGGCCUCCCUGAGCUCCAGUCUCUGGAAUGAAACCACUACAUCUGUUUAUCAGUACCUUGGUUUUCAAGUUCAAAAAAUUUACCCUUUCCAUGAUAACUGGAACACUGCCUGCUUUGUUAUCCUGCUUUUAUUUAUAUUUACAGUGGUAUCUCUUGUGGUGCUGGCUUUCCUUUAUGAAGUGCUUGACUGCUGCUGCUGUGUAAAAAACAAAACUGUGAAAGACUUGAAAAAUGAACCGAACCCUCUAAGAAGUAUGAUGGACAACAUCAGAAGACGUGAAACUGAAGUGGUCUAGCAUUCUGCAUAAGAUGAACAAAACAGCCUUCAACUCCUGAGAAAAAAAGAAGAAUUUCUGA